AUGAGGAGACCCACCUUGAGGAAAGAAAUGGAGUCAGGAAGUGCUGUCAGCACCAUGUUUGGCCAGCAGGAGGCACUACAGGGUGGUCAUGCCGGGGAUGGUAGGAAGCCAAGCGUUGUGUCCCCUUUGCUAGGGUACUACUCAGGACUCUCUUUUAGAUCCAAUCCAGAUCAACUUGACCAUCUCCGGGAUGGAGUGCGUAGAUAUCUGCAGCUCCCAGCUGACCAGACUGUGCUUAUACUGCAUGCAAAAGUCGCACAGAAAUCAUACGGCAGUGAAAAAAGUCAUCUCUUUCUCCCGAGGGAUUUGGGAGAGGCUGGUUUCAGGGUGUGCGGGUACAUGGGGCUGGACAGCAUGGGCAGCGGCCACAUGGAGACCCAGAAACUCAACUUUGAGGAGCAGCCAGACUCCAAGGAGUUCAGCUGUGCCAAAGCACUCUACAUCUCCGACACGGAGAAGAGGAAGCAUUUCCGGCUGGUUCUGAAGCUCUUCUUCAGCAAUGGGCAGGAGAUCGGCACUUUCCACAGCAAGCUGAUCAAAGUGAUUUCCAAACCCUCACAGAAGAAGCAGUCCCUGAAGAACACAGACUUGUGCAUCUCAUCUGGGUCCAAGGUUUCCCUCUUUAACCGCCUCCGCUCCCAGACGGUCAGCACCCGUUAUCUGUCCGUAGAGGGUGGCACCUUCAUCGCUAGCGCAAGGCAAUGGGCAGCAUUCACACUGCACCUGGCUGAUGAGCACUGCACCCGGGGUGAGUUCCCACUGCGGGAAGGGUACAUUCGCUACGGCUCCGUAGUCCAGCUCAUCUGCACAGCCACCGGCGUUACCCUGCCGCCCCUGAUCAUUCGGAAAGUCACCAAGCAGUACGCCAUGCUGGAUGUGGAUGAGCCCAUCUCCCAGCUCCACAAGUGCGCUUUCCAGUUCCAGGGCAGCGACGGGAUGUACCUGUGUCUCUCGACAGAGAAAGUGAUCCAGUUCCAGGCGUCUCCGUGCCCAAAGGAAGCGAACCGUGAGCUGCUGAACGAUGGCUCCUGCUGGACGAUAAUUGGAACGGAGACUGUGGAGUACACGUUCAGUGACAGCCUGGCCUGUAUUCAGGAUCCUGUGAGCCCAGUCCCACUUAUAACCAUGCUGGAGCUGACUGGCGGAGGGGACGUGGCGAUGCUGGAGGUGCAGGGCGAGUAUUUCCAUGCAGAUCUGAAGGUCUGGUUUGGAGAUGUGGAAGCUGAGACUAUGUACAGGACCCCCAAGUCCUUAGUGUGUGUUGUCCCUGACGUCUCGGCAUUUGGCAGCGACUGGCGAUGGCUGAGAUACCCCAUCACCAUCCCACUCUCGCUCAUAAGGAACGAUGGGCUGAUCUACUCCAGCUCGUUCACAUUUACGUACACCCCAGAGCAGAGCUUCCUCCCUGCCCUGCAGAUCCUUCCAGAGCUGACGCAGGACUCCGAUACCUUACUCAACAGCAUCCAUCAGGAAUUCACUAGGACCAAUUUUCACCUCUUCAUGCAGAGCUAGCAAGCCUGGAAUGGUGGAGGAUCUUCACAGAAACAGGACUUGGAACAAGGUCUGCCAGCAUCCCUGAAACUGACAUUAACACUGAGAGAUGGGUACAAACAUCCCUGUGGUCUGUAGGAUCUGGGGUUAGCCCCCUCCCAAGUGCUCUACUGUCCAUAAAAUACUCCGUCUGUUCUUUUUAGAUUUGUUGAGAAUUGUUUCAGA